CUUUGAAGGGGCGGGCUGAGAGAAGAGAAAGUAUCAGCUGCUUGGUGAAAGCUAGCAUUUACUGCUGGGAAGAUGGCGAGGAGUUUGCAAGGGCUGAGGAGAGCACUAGCCGAGUGUAGCGAUUUACCGGCCACUGCCAACCGUGAGAGGAGCGCCAGGAAUGCAGUUCGGCACCUGUCUUCGUGCGGUCUCUUGAUGACCAGAGCCCCCAUCCUGCUCCCCAUGUCGCCAUGCAACCCUGUCCUCAUCACACCAGCCAGGAGCUUCCUGAACCUCGCUGCUCCGUUCAUCAACAAGCGGAAGGAGUACUCUGAGAGGCGCAUCAUAGGGUACUCCAUGCUGGAGAUGUAUGAUGUGGUGGCGGGAGUGGAAGACUACAAACACUUUGUGCCGUGGUGUAAGAAGUCCCAGGUGGUGUUGCGCCGGUCGGGGUACUGCAAGGCACACCUGGAAGUGGGGUUCUCCCCCGUGAUGGAGAAGUACACCUCCCUCGUCACCUUGGUGCGCCCGCACCUGGUCAAGGCUUCCUGCACAGACGGGAAGCUGUUCAAUCACCUGGAGACGGUGUGGAGAUUCAGCCCAGGGAUCCCGGGGUACCCCAGAACCUGCACACUGGACUUCUCUAUCUCGUUCGAGUUCCGCUCGCUGCUGCACUCCCAGCUGGCGACGGUGUUCUUCGAUGAGGUGGUGAAGCAGAUGGUGGCGGCCUUCGAGAGGCGCGCAGGGAAGGUCUACGGGCCGGAGACGAGGAUCCCACAGGAGUUCAUGUUUCACGAAGUGCACCACACGUAACGAGGGAGGAGGACAAAGAGGGGGAGGGUGGAUGGAAUGGAUAUGGGGGGGGGGCAGAGGUGGCCCUCAUCGGGGGUGGGGGGGUGGAACCACAGCUACCUAUUGACAACACUCAAACUAAACUGCUGACCGGCUCUUGUAAUUACCCACUGCCCGUCCUAAUCCACAAUGGAAGAGGAUCGACGGAGGCAGAUUCCUGUUUCUUCUUCAUGGCCCUACCAGCUCUUGCCAGGGCAAUAUAAAAAUAUUGAACACCUCAAGAUAGUGUGUGGUUUAGUAGGUUCGCCCAGUAUAAAAGCCAGGGUCUCCAGUAUCUAGUCUGUGAUUAGUGGGGCACGCUGCCUCACACAGUUAAGUCAAUGGCUGGGUGUGGGAUUUUAAUCCAGCAUCUCCAGUCUAGCAGUCCCCACCUGGUCCAGGAGUCGAUGAACCAGUGAUUGAGCGGUGGGGUCUGAACUCUGUUAGAGGUCUGGGAAGGAGUGUGAUCAAAGGGAACUCCACUGUUUGGAUCUGUGAAGAAUCCUCAAGGGCAGAAAAGCUGAUCAAAAAACACACGCACACACACACAUAUAUAUAUGUGUGUGUUUGUUUGUUUGGGAGUGGGGGGGGGGGGGGGGGACUGUUUUUACCUUUUUUAUGUAUUAUAUGCCACUGUAUAGAGAAAAAUACAUAUUUUUCUUGAAAUAUAUGUAAAAUAAUUUAGAUGUACAUAAAAUAUAUAUAUAUAUUUUAGUAGAUAAGUUCAAGUGCAAUAUCUAAAGUUUUCUUUCUGAUGUGUGUGUAAAGUUAUGUUUGACAGAGGCUGAAGUGGUUAUAUAAAUAUUUAUUGGAAAUGAUUUGUGAUUCACUGUUGUAUUGGCAGAGGUGAUUUGACACUCGUUUGUGCACCUGAUAAAGUUAAAUUAAAACACAAUCUUCAUUACUGCAUUGGUUGGACGAGUUCUCGCACUCGUUACUCAAAACAACAAUGAAUGGAAAAGAAUGGGGUCUAUUCACUUUAUCUUAAUACUGUCUGUUUAAAUAGGACCACACACAUUUUUCAGUCCCUUGCUUUAUCCUGUGUUUAUCAAA